AUGGCCACCCAAAAAAACAGUUCCAAAGAACCAGUUUGGAAUCAAGAGGAAGGUUAUUUAAAGAUCUACUUACGAGGCCGUCCUGUGAACAUGUAUGCGCCAUCAUCAGUUAGUGAAUUUAACAUUUCCAAAACUGUGGAAGCUCCUUCAGAAAAACUUCAGUUGGAAUGGGUUUAUGGCUAUCGAGGACGUGAUUGCCGUUCCAACUUGCAUUACCUGCCAACUGGAGAGAUUGUUUAUUUUGUAGCGGCCACUGUAGUUUUAUACAAUGUUGAGGAGCAGAUGCAGCGUCAUUAUCUGGGACACACAGAUGAUGUCAAAUGCCUAACUAUCCAUCCAGAUAAAAUUAGGAUAGCCACUGGGCAAGUUGCUGGCCAUGACAAGAAAGAAGGGCGACCUCACAUUCGAAUUUGGGAGUCUGUUCGUCUUACAACCCUGAUGGUCAUUGGGAUUGGUGACUUCGAGAGGGCAGUGUGCUGCUUGUCCUUCUCCAAGCUGGAUGGUGGACAACAUCUUGUGGCUGUGGAUGAGGCCAAUGAGCAUGUGAUCUCUGUGUGGGACAUCAGCAAAGAAAAAGCUCACAAAGUCACAGAAACAAAAAGUUCAACUGAAACAGUAUUGGCAGCUGAAUUUCAUCCAUCAGAAAGAAAUACCAUUGUAACAUGUGGUAAAGGACACAUUUCUUUCUGGUCAUUGGAAGGAGGUGCUCUUACUAAGAAGAUGGGAAUAUUUGAUAAACAUGAGAAACCUAAGUAUAUUCUGUGUUUGGCAUUUGCUGACAAUGGAGAUGUAUUAUCAGGAGAUUCCAAUGGAAAUAUAUUUGUUUGGUGUAAAGGUGGCAAUCGCAUAAGCCAAGCUAUCUUGGGUGCCCAUGAAGGUGGUGUCUUUUCCCUUUGUGUCCUUAAGAAUGGCCUCCUCCUUUCUGGUGGUGGCAAAGACCGAAGAAUUGUGGAGUGGGAUGGAAAUUCCUACAAACAAACUGGAAAUUUGACUGAGAUUCCUGAGCAGUUUGGUCCUGUUCGAACUCUUAGUCAAGGCAAAGGAAACCUUAUUCUAGUAGGAACAACCAGGAAUUGCAUCCUACAAGGAACUGUCUAUCUUAAGUUCAACCCUAUUGUUCAGGGUCACAUUGAUGAAUUGUGGGCACUGUCUCCCCACCCAACUCAAAAUCAAUUUCUUACCUGUGGUUAUGAUAAACACAUUUACCUAUGGGAUAGCCUCUCUCACACAGUUGUCUGGAGCAAAGAAAUCAAUGAUUCUGCACAUUGUUGUUGUUUCCAUCCUGAUGGUCAGUUGGCUGUAAUUGGCACCCAGACUGGGCGUUGGUUAGUGCUAGACUUGACCACAAGAGAAAUUAUCACCACCCACUGUGAUGGUAAUGAACAACUUGAGUGUGUCCAAUUUUCUCCAGAUGGCAACUAUUUGGCUGUUGGAUCAAGGGACAAUAGUAUUUACAUCCAUCAAGUCUCAGAAGGAGGAAAUAAAUAUUCUAGACUUGGCAGAUGCACCGGUCAUUCCAGUUUUAUUACUCACUUGGAUUGGUCAACAUGCAGUCAAUAUAUUCAGAGCAACUCUGGAGAUUAUGAAGUCCUUUUUUGGACAGUGUCAACUUGUAAGCAGCAGACAACACCAUCCACCAUUCGAGAACUUGAAUGGGCCACCAAUUCUUGUACCUUGAGUUUUAACUUAGCAGGUAUUUGGCCUGAUGGUGCCGAUGGUACAGACAUAAAUGCUUGUUGCCGCUCUCAUAAUAUUAAACAAUUGGUGGCAACUGCUGAUGACUUUGGUAAAGUCAAUCUCUACAAAUACCCAUGUAGCCAACCCUUGGCAAAAGCACACACUUAUGGGGGUCACAGCAGUCAUGUAACUAACGUCUCCUUCCUUCAUGAUGAUUCCCGUCUAAUCUCAGUUGGAGGAAAGGACAUGGCAAUUCUUGAGUGGAGUGUCGUGUGA